GGUACAGAAAACAGAACAGACCUUGAAGACCUGCACCUUUACGCCACUCCACGGGAGCAGCGGUUUCGUAGGUUUGCCAGUCUGGAAUUCGAGGGACAGCUGUAUAUGACUCCAUAUGACUUCAUUCAGGCUGUCACGAAUGAUGAACCUAAACAUGCUAAAAAGUGGAGAUCCCUUUCAAAGCAGGAAUUGAAUCAAAUACUUAUGGAGACACCGCCAGUUUGGAAAGGAUCAUCUAAACUUUUCCGUAAUCUCAAUGAGAAAGGUGUAAUAUCUUACACAGAAUAUUUGUUCCUCUUAUGUAUUUUAACAAAGCCACAUGCAGGUUUUAGAAUUGCUUUCAACAUGUUUGAUACUGAUGGCAAUGAGAUGGUGGACAAAAAGGAAUUCUUAGUGCUGCAAGAGAUUUUCAGGAAAAAAAAUGAGAAGAGAGAAAGAAAAGGAGAUGAAGAAAAACGUGCGCUGCUUCGUCUUCAACUUUAUGGAUAUCAUACUUCUACUAACAGUGUACUUAAAACAGAAGGAGAGGACCUUGUCCCCAGAAGCUACUGGGAUACUUUGAGACGUAGCACAAGCCAAGCACUCUUUUCAGACCUUGCAGAGCGUGCUGAUGAUAUUACAAGUUCACUGUCGGAUACUACACUGCUGGUACACUUUUUUGGCAAGAAGGGAAAAGCUGAACUGAACUUUGAAGAUUUUUAUAGAUUCAUGGAUAACCUACAAACUGAAGUUCUAGAGAUUGAAUUCCUUUCCUACUCUAAUGGGAUGAACACCAUCAGUGAGGAGGACUUUGCCCAUAUUCUUCUGAGAUAUACAAAUGUGGAAAAUACAUCAAGUUACCUGGAAAACAUGCGCUGCAGGAUCCCCGAAGAAAAGGGUAUCACAUUUGAUGAGUUCAGGUCAUUCUUCCAAUUUUUGAACAACCUAGAAGACUUUACAAUUGCAAUGCAAAUGUAUAAUUUUGCAAGUCGUUCCAUAGGUCAAGAUGAAUUCAAGCGUGCUGUAUAUGUAGCCACUGGGCUGAAGCUUUCCCCACACUUGGUGAACACAGUGUUCAAGAUCUUUGAUGUCGACAGAGAUGACCAGUUGAGUUAUAAAGAGUUCAUCGGCAUUAUGAAAGACAGACUUAAUCGAGGCUUCAGGGAGACCCCAAAAUACGGUUGGAACGAUUAUUAUUCCUGUGUGAUGACGGUAACCGGCGAACAUCUCAGAGAUCUGUGGAAGCAAUUUCGGAGACGUGAUAUGCUGAGAUAAAGAAAGAGCAACUGUGGGCACCAGUUCUACCUAUUUAAUCCUCUGUACACUGAAUGAAGAACAAACCCAAGUGCAUCCUGACUCUUGCAGCUGCAGUAGAUAACACAGGAUUUUUUUUUCCCCACUUAAUACAGCAAUCACAAGCUUUCACAGUCACUUCUCAGCAUGUAUUUUAUUUAAGCAAUGAAGUAACUAUCAUCUGAUUGACAGGACUUUUUGUUAAGAACAUACCUUAAGCAGUUUAGCUUUUAAAAGGAAACAAAAAGUGUUCCACCUGGGUAAGCUCAUCUUUGGGCAAUGAAGAGAAGAUGCCUAUAGGGACUGUGAAUCGGCUUUCUGAAGAGCACUAGUAAGAGCUCGUGCUAGAUUGGGAAUGAGAGUAAAUUAUGUAGCAUAACAAUUAUAUACAGGUUGAAUGUAUAAAUUAAGCUUUUAGAAGCUAACAAAGCUGUUAUUUUUAAAAAGGGUAAACUUCUGUUUCAAUUAUAAUGUGAAUGCUGGGUAUUUACCUAAGAAAGGUACUGUAUGGACUGAAAUGGUCAAAUGCCGUAAGUCUUAUUGUUAUAUUUGUUAACUUAUCUUUUAAAAGUAUUAAUUUUAAGAUGUUUUAUGGCAAUAUGUUGAAAAGGAAGUGUCAAAAAAUUCUAAUUCAUGUUAAGUAACACAACACCAUGAGAUAUUUAUCAUAAACUUUAUUUCCAUACAUAUAAAUUCAGUGAUACAUUUCCAGUAGAGUACGAUUUCAUGUGUUUCUUGUGAAUAGUGCACUUAUUUAUAUGAGGUAAUACAUGGCACUGUGCUAACCUGCUACUCUGGAAUGCAGCUUCUGAAAAAUAGACAUGUGAUAUCCUUGUGCUUGUGUCAAAGAAAAAGCAAAGCAAAAUAUGAAUGCGUAUUCAUGAGAGCAAUGCGCACUAAAUAAUAUUAUUUGAAUAUUAUGAAUGAAAUGUUAAUUUUGCUAAGGUUGUGGACACUGCAGGCCAUCAGURGCCACCGUGAUCUUUUGUGCCCUGCUUUCUAUGUUGCUGAAAUACCCUAAAGACCCUCUGGUACAUUGGUUUUUAUCASAUCUUCUAUAUUUUUUCUUUGCAAUUCAGCAGCAGAGGGUUUUUUUACUCCCUUUCAGGAUGGAUCAUGUAACGUGAAUUAAACCCAAGCAAAUGUGAGCACAUAGUUUUSAAAAGGUUCACUGGACAUUUUACUAUCUUGCAUCUAGUCAGAAACAAUCUGUGCAUUGAAAUAUUUAGAGCUGCCUGCACACUAAAAUUAGUAUCAGUUUUUUUCAGAAAGGAAGUAUUUGAUAUGGUCAUCCAGUUAAAAUACAGAUUURAUAUUUAGAUUCAAAAUAAGGGAUUUUAAUCUUUGACUUUCACAAAUACAUGUAGGAACUUCUGAAAAA